ACAGACACCUAUGGAUACACAAUAAUUUAUGCACACUAUCAAAUCCAGCAGUGUAGAAGAAAAAGAUGUUCUAUUCUCAUACAUUUUUGGCGAGGAAGGGCCCGCUGGGAACGGUAUGGUGUGCCGCUCAUCUGCAGCACAAACUCAAGAAGUCCCAUUACAUCUCCACCAAUAUCCUCUCCACUGUCGAACGCAUCAUGUAUCCUGAGGUGCCUAUUGCUCUGAGAAUGUCAGGACAUCUUCUACUUGGGGUUGCUCGGAUAUAUUCAAAGCAAGUUGACUAUCUUUAUGAAGAUUGCCAUGUUGUACAGAUAACAAUAAACAAGGUCUUUACUUCUGCGAACGUCAAUCUACCCGACGGUGCAAAUCAUGCACCAUUUCACUCUGUCACUUUACCAGAAAAAUUCGAGCUUGAUGCCAUGGAAUUAGACAAUUAUUCGUGGUGUGAGAAUGAUCAUCUUAAGAGCUAUGAUGAUAUUACUUUGACAGAGCAAAUUCCAACCGGGAAAGAUCCAUAUAUUGUCAUCACUUUUGAUGAGGAUACUUCAAGGGACACAAUAGGGACUAUGCCAAUUGAGGAAGAUGUUCCCCAUCCGGUUCAAGAGGACAUAGUUCCUGGUUACGAAGAUCAGUCUCUGAGCAAACAGCAACUGCUUGAUGAAGGAAUUGCUGACGAGAACAGUCCUCCAGAUUUGCCUGGUCUUGAAAUGAUGCGGGAUGCUAAUUAUGGUUCUGAUUUCAAUGAUAAUCCAACAUUGUCUGAUCGAGCUGACCCAGACCCUGAGAUUUUGAAGGAAAUCGAAAAAGAUAUUAUAGAAACUCGUACUCCGUAUGUAGAAAAGCCAGAAGUACAUUCUACAUCUCAGAAGCAUCAAGAAUCACAUUCAUAUAAUCAUUCAGAUCCUGUGAUGCCUUUUGUCCACCAUUCGCCUGAAGAAGAAAUUCGAGCAACCCCACCUGUUGUUCAACCAAAAGUCAGAAAGAGGAAAAGAAAGCAGCCCUUUGACAAGUCUACUGUGUUGAGCAAUGGGUAUAUGAGAAACUUGCUAAAUGACACCAGUGAUAUUCGUCGUGCGAACAAGCAUUGUCCUUGCUCUUCUCUGGACAUCUGGAAAUUAAACAACAGAAUAAGAAAGGAUGGUGCCCUUUUUGAGCCCUUGAUAACCGGAGUAUGUGCUGAAAUAAGUGAUACCUUCAAGGAAGAGUUUAUUUCUGCAAAGCCUCAUUUGGUUGCCAUGCAAGAAGCUCAUGUGGAGGCUGUAGUUGAUCCUUCUCCUUCAUCUAGGCAUGAUAAUGGUGUGGAAAGUGAACUUCUUCGUAAUAAUGAGUACAACUCAACAAAUAUAAUUAUGCCUUCUUUGCCCUCACCAACUACUCCAAGUAGAAGAAAUGACUUCACUCCUGUCGCCGCCAAUUUUGAUUUCCAAUCAGAACGUGCAGAAACAACUGAAGGGGCUGGAACAUUACCCAUGUCAGAUAUUGGAGCAUCCACUGGCACCUUUUAUUCUGACAUGGAAACUCCAAAGACAUUCAAUGGGGAGCAUUCAGCACUUUCUGAUAUUCCUGAGCUUGCAUCUUCUGCUGGAGACCUUGGUUUUUUAGAACAAGAUGACCAUUCGCCAGCUGGAUCUCAAGGAACCCCAGAAGUCGGGUUUUCCUCGAAAAAUCAGGGGACUCCUGAAGUUCACACCUUGUCUUCUAGAACAAGAGCUUUGGCUCAAUAUUUAAAAGCCCAGGCUUCAGUAACCACAGUCUCUGGCAACUCAGAAGAGUCAUCUGGAGAUCUCAGUUUGCUUAAGAUUUUGGAAGGCAAACCGAGAAAAAUAUGUGCUCGAAUGUUUUCUGAGACCUUGGUUCUUAAGAAUUACGAACUCGUGAAUGUACAUCAAGAAAAACCUUAUGAUGAUAUUUUUCUGAAGGUUACUCCUAAACUCUUCAAGGAACAGUUUUCAGGCUAAAAGUGCUCAGCAGUUCUUUAUUUAUAUAGGUCCAUCUCCUUCAGCAGCACCAUACUAUCGAAGUCUCCCAGCUUUUUGUAUAUUGCAACUCUGGCUUAAUGUGAAGAAAUUGGAGCUUGUUUUGUAUUGGACAGCAUCGAUACAAAGUGAAUUUAACUUAUUUAUAUGGUGAAUGAGGAUGUCCUCAGCCACUUUAUGAUGAGAAAAGAAGAGCAAGUUUUUAUCUGGCAGGGACAUGUCUGAACGUCAACAUUUAAUACUGAAAGCUUGCUAUGAUGCUUUAUGGUUUUCAAUUUGUGAACAUAAUUGGUUUUCUUCAUGGAGAUAAUUCCUUGAAGAUGUUAUAUAAAUCCUUGAAAUAUGAA